AUCCGCUCUCGGCGAGCGGGAUCGAAGGCCGCGACGGGCGCUGCCUCUUUCGCCUCCCACCGCCACUGACCACUCCACCGGCUGCCAUGGUUGAAGCGGAUCGCCCGGGGAAGCUUUUCAUUGGGGGGCUCAACCCCGAAACCGACGAGAAAGCCCUCGAGGCGGCGUUUGGCAAGUAUGGCCGCAUCGUCGAAGUGCUCCUGAUGAAAGAUCGAGAAACCAGCAAGUCGAGGGGCUUUGCGUUCAUUACCUUCGAAAGCCCCGCAGACGCCAAGGCCGCCGCCAGAGACAUGAACGGAAAGUCCCUGGAUGGUAAGGCCAUCAAGGUGGCCCAAGCCACCAAACCGGCGUUUGAAAGCAGCCGGCGGGGCCCACCGCCGCCGCCGCCCCGCAGCCGGGGCCGCCUGAGGGGCCUGCGCGGAACCCGUGGGGGUCCGCGGCGACCACCUUCCCGGGGCGGGCCAGCAGACGACGGCGGCUAUGCAGGGGAUUUCGACCUACGGCCCCCCAGGGCCCCGAUGCCCAUGAAGCGCGGGCCGCCGCCGCGCAGGGCCGGCCCGCCCCCCAAGAGGGCAGUGCCGUCGGGGCCGGUUCGCAGCGGCGGCGGCGGCGGUGGAAUGCGCGGGCGGGCCCCGGCCUCGCGGGGCCGAGACGGCUAUGGGGGCCCACCUCGCCGGGAGCCGCCACCCCCGCGCCGUGACCACUACCUGGGCCCCCGAGAGGAGGGCUACUCGCCCAGGGACAGCUACUCGAGCCGAGACUACCCGAGCACCCGCGACCCUCGGGAUUUUGCCCCCUCGCCCAGAGAAUACACCUACCGCGAUUAUGGCCAUUCCAGUGCCCGGGACGACUGUCCAUCGAGAGGCUACGGCGACCGAGACGGCUACGGGGGUCGCGACCGUGACUACGCAGAUCAUCCAAGUGGAGGCUCCUACCGAGACCCCUUCGAGAGCUACGGGGAUUCGCGCAGCGCAGCUCCUGCGCGGGGGCCACCGCCAUCUUAUGGAGGAGGCGGUCGCUACGAGGAGUACCGGGGCUGCUCGCCCGACGCCUACAGCGGUGGCCGCGACAGUUACGGCAGCGGCCGGAGCGACCGCUACUCCAGGGGCCGAGAGAGGGUGGGUAGAGUUGAUCGUGGGCUUCCCCCAUCCAUGGAAAGGGGGUGCCCUCCCCCGCGUGAUUCCUACAGCCGAUCAGGCCGCAGGGUGUCGAGGGGUGGAGGCCGCCUAGGAGGCCGCUCAGAGAGAGGGGGAGGCCGGAGCAGAUACUAAGCAGGAACAGACUUGGGACUAAAAAUCCCUUGUCAAGGAAACUAACAAGAAGACGUGUUUUAUGGUCACUACCCAAAGACUAGUACAAAGAAGAGUUGUUUUUACCUUUUAAGAAUUUCUUGUUAAUUUCCUCCCUCCCAAUUUUUAUGCUUUUGGGAGGAAAAAGUUAAAAUUCAUUUAAUUUUGUUUUGGAAUUGUUAACGUUUCUUUCAACAAGCUCAUGUUAAAAGUAUAAGACGAACCUGCGUACUAGUCUUCUUGUAUUUUCAAGUAGAAAUUUUCCUUAAAGGCUUCUUCCCUUCUAAAUUUUUCUGAUAAAUGAGGCAAACAGUUCUGAGAUGUUCUGAGUUUCAUAAACAUCUGCUCACCUAAAAUGGAAAAAUGGAUCAUUCUGCCCAUUCAAACCAACUAGAUUUUGGAAGUAGAGUGGGAGGGAAUUGGUACAUGUUACUGUUAAGAUUUUGGGGUAUCUUUCAGACUGAAUCUCAGUGUUCCCAGUAUUAAAAACCAAACAACCAGCAAAAACAACAAAAACCAUUUAGAUCAGAUGCUUAUGUAAAGAAUUUUGUAUUAAUUCGGUAAAUCUAAAAAAGCAAAUGGAUAAUGCUGGC